AUGGUACUUUCAAUUGCAGCACAACAAGGUGGAUUCAUUUUUUUAGACGCUCCAGGUGGCACUGGUAAAACAUUUCUUAUCGCACUGAUACUUGCGCGGAUUCGAUCUCAAAAUCAUAUUGCAGCAACGUUACUUGAUGGUGGACGGACUGCGCAUUCAGCACUUAAAUUACCUUUGAACGUUCAUACAAAUCCCGAAGCAAUGUGUAACAUAAAGAAGCAUUCAGGCAUGGCUGAAGUUUUGAGAAAAUGUAAAAUUAUUAUCUGGAAUGAAUGUACAAUGGCCCACAAGCAUUCGCUUGAAGCUCUCAACAGGUCCUUGAAAGAUAUCAGAAUUAAUGCUCGGCUUUUCGGUGGUGCUCUACUGCUGCUGUCUGGUGAUUUCAGACAAACAUUACCAGUCAUUCCACGCACGACAUAUAUGAGCGUUCGACUUCAAAAUGAUCCAUUAGCGUCAGGAUUCUCCGAACAAUUGUUAGAUAUUGGCAACGGUAAAAUUCAAUUGUAUGAAGAUACACAAUAUAUUCGACUUCCACAGAAUUUUUGCAACAGGGUGGCUACCAAAGAUGAGUUAAUAACAAGUAUCUUUCCAGAUUUAAGACAUAAUUAUAUUAAUCAUGAAUGGCUGCAAGAGCGAGCUAUUUUAGCCGCAAAAAAUUUAGAUGUUGACGCCAUCAAUUUUAAAAUACAACAGUCAUUGCCUGGUUAUGAAAUUACAUUUAAAUCGAUUGACACUGUUGUUGAUCCUGACGAAGUUGUCAACUAUCCUGUAGAGUUUCUAAAUUCACUAGAUUAA